AUGAUCGUGGCGGCGGCGGAGAAGGCAAUGUUCGAAAAAAGUGUAAAUAUGGGAUCCGUCGGAGAGAAUCAUCAAUCAACAGCCUCCGCUUCUGUCAAAGCUCCGACAACGUCGGUCUUCGAGGAGGACACCGACUCCCGAGACUCCGGUUCGUCCCAAAUUGUGAAAUUGGCUCGAAAAAGUGGUCGAAAUUCCGAGAUUUCAGUCGUUUUUUGCAGGAAUUUCGAUGGGCAGCUGUGGCGGUGACGGCACGACGUCUUCGGCUGAGGCGACGUGUCCGGCGGACACCUCUUCUGCCACGAUGGCUCCCUCGGACACCGACUUCAGCAAGGCGAUCCUCCUCGAGCACCUCUCCUCCCGUCCCGCCCUCACCGAUUGCUCGAAUUUCGUCGCCAAAGUCUACAACUCGUCGGUCUCCUCCUCGCGCAGUUCCUCAUUGUCAGCUUCACUAUUUUCAAUCGCUUUCGGAACAUAUUAAUAUUGCAGUUAUCACUGCGACACUCCUACGGGGAGAAAGGUAAAGUCGGUGUUCUCUUCGGAUGCGAUGCUCGACCGAUCGCAGUUCGAGAAGAAGUCAUUUUUGGAGCGAACGAUGGAGAGUCUGAACAGAAAGAGAUCGUCGUCGUCGAUGUCGCCCAGCUGUUCGCUCAUGGAUCGCAAACGAUCACGGAAUCUCUCGUUGGAGGCGCCGCAAUCCGACCGUAUCUGUCGCUACAACGGAGUUCUCAAGCAGAUCGGAUCGAUGGAGGCGAACAAGAUGCAGAAAAAAGAUCCGUUCGGCGAGUACGAUGGCGAAGAGGACGAGGAGGACGAGGUGUUCGCACCGCCCAUCCCUUCGGGCUCCCUCUUCGUGGCGCCGAUCGCCCCGCGCCCGACCGCCUCGCUCUGGGAUUUGAACAACCGCGAAUCAAUUGGGUUCGCCGAGCGAAAAACGUCGGACACAUCGGCCAAUGGAUCCUUCAGCUCGAUGGAAAAGAUGCCGAAGCCGCCGAUGAGAGCGAUGAGCGUCGGAGUGAUCGAUGCGCACGACGCGGCGCACUUGCCCGCCAUGCUCGAAGUGGUAGGGAUUCUCGGUCACACAAUAGUUUGUCUUUAUUUGCAGAAGUACUCGCUGCCGAGUGUGGAGCGUCCGCAAAAAGCCUCACAAGCCUAUCGUUCGAUCUCCGCCAUCACGCUGCUCGCGGAGUUCCAACGGCUCGGCGAUUCGUUCGAGAAGCAGUACGUGCUGAUCGACUGCCGCUACCCGUACGAAUUCCGCGGCGGGCACGUUCGCGGAGCGAUCAAUCUCUACAAACGGGCCGAGAUCAAGGCGCAAUUCUUCCCUGACGACCCGAUCGAGGCGGCACUGAACAAGAGGAUUCCCAUCUUUUAUUGUGAAUUCAGUCAGAAGCGAGGGCCCACCAUGUUAGUACUAUUUAGAAGACGUGCCUUUUUGACUUUCUCAAUUUUCAGGGCAAACGCGGUGCGUUCGAUCGACCGCGUGCGCAACGAACUGCGCUAUCCUCACGUGGAAUACCCGGAAAUGUACCUACUGGAUCACGGCUACAAGUCUCUGUGGGGUCGUCGCGAAUGCCGUCAGAUUUGCGAGCCGUGCAACUACGUUCCGAUGGACCACAAGGAGUUCACCGCACAACUCAAGACCGCCCGUCUCGAACGUCAUCGCUCAAACGCGGCGGUGAAGCCGAACGGCGAGGCCGAUUUGGAGGAGAAGUGGUCGAUGCGCACGCGAAGCAGCGCCCGCCGCAAGUCCUCCGUCCUCAGUGUGCGUUUUCUCGCAAGUGCAAUGGGCGCUAACUUUUGAAUGAAUUCCAGUUGCAAUCGAAAUUCUCGCAGUCAUCGAGCACUCUGAGCACCACGUCGGAGAUGAUGUUGCUGAGAAGUGGCGCGACGAUCGGAGGGUCGAAAGGAGACGACGUCUUUUUCAUGGACAACGAGCUGGAAGGUCCGAAGAAGUCGGUGUCGGCGUUCGAUAUUCAGAGUAUCGCCUCGUCGGAAGUGGACCUCGACUACGCGCUGAUCCGUCGCAAACGAAGCACGGCGACGUUGUCGCAAGCCUCCUCCAUCCAACACCUCACCUUUUCGGAUCCGUUCGACGAUCAGAGCGAGCAGGUCGUGCAGCUGGGGCUCAAGGUGUACACUCCGGACUUUCCACAGAACGGCUCGCCUCCACAGGACGAGUACCUUCCGCUCGGGCUUGGCGAUCGGCACCACAACACUCCGCGCCUCUGCCUAGACUUUUCGACGCUCUCCGACACGGAAUAG